GGAGCAUUUAGCACUCUUCACCAUGAAGGGGACACUUCUUCUGCUGGGCUUGCUGAUAACUGGAGAGCUGAGCUUCCAGACAACAGAAGCAUGUGUUCCUUUCUUCGAAGGCUAUGCAAGUGUUGUCUCAGGAAGUAGGGUGUGGUUGUAUCAUGAACUCCAAUCAUUCGAUGCUACUGCAGAGGAAAAGGUGGCCUUGGAAAAAAUCCAGGGUUGCUACAGAGAGGAAAGAUUAAGAAAUAUACUUCUUGAACCCAAAAUUAUGGAAGCCAUGGUCGCCAGCCCAGAAUGCCGGUCAUACUAUAGUCUUAACAAUUUUAGAUCCAUUUUAGACUUUAUUUCCAACCUAUUAGGAGAAUAGAUGUUAAUGUGUUUUGGGCACCCAUCUUUGCAACAUGUCUGAUCCAAGUGCCAUCUUGCUGACCUGUCCUCUUUCUCUCCUGAAGUUGGAUUCCUGAUACUGUUCCUUCAUCAUUCAGUCUCUUAGACUGAUUCUAAUAAAAGCUUGCAACUCUGUUCUGUGAUCU